CAAACUGCGCAGACGCGUUAUGGACAGUCAGAUAGCGCACUAGGAGGAAAUUCACCCACCGCUUCUGAGACCAGCACAUUUUCUUUGGGAUAUACCGAUCGCAGAGCCUCUCGACGAGCUUUUUUUUUUAUUUUUCCCCGACGGGGCGAACAUGGCGACGCUGGGACCGGAGCCCCGUCCUCAUUCCCAGCUGCCCUCUGCCGCAUUACAGACGAACCUGAGCGGACUGGGCUCCAAUACGAACCUGCCUCUCAACCGGGGUUUGGAGAGAGCUCUGGAGGAUGCGGCGAACUCCGGAUUUCUGAAUCUCAGCACAAGAAAACUGAAAGAAUUCCCCCGGACAGCAGCUAAUUACGACCUAACGGAUACGGUGGAAGCAGAUCUGUCGAAGAAUCGCUUGAUGGACAUCCCGUCAGAGGUGUGUCAUCUGGUCUCUCUGGAAACGCUGAACCUUUAUCACAACUGCAUCAAAAGCAUUCCCGAUACCAUCAUCAGCCUUCAGUCCCUGACCUGCUUAAACAUCAGCCGGAACCAGCUGUCGGUGCUGCCAGCGUGUGUGUGUGGUCUUCCUCUACGAGUGCUCAACGCCAGCAAUAACAAACUCAACGCACUUCCAGAAAGCAUUGGCCAGCUCACCAAUCUCAUGGAGCUGGAUGUAAGCUGUAAUGAAAUCACAGCUCUUCCACGUCACACUGGCCAGCUCAAAGCUCUGAGGGAACUCAACGUGCACCGAAACCUUCUCUGUGUCCUUCCAGAGGAUUUGGCAGAUUUACCCCUGGUCAAGUUUGAUUUCUCCUGUAAUAAGGUCUCUACUAUUCCUGUCUGUUAUCGAAAUAUGACCCAGCUCCAAACACUACAGCUGGAGAACAAUCCACUUCAGAGUCCUCCUGCACAGAUAUGCAUGAAGGGCAAGAUUCAUAUAUUUAAAUACCUCGCCAUGGAGGCAUGUCGUAGUGACAAGAUGGUCGAUGCCCUGUACCUUCCUGUCACACACCGCCUCAGCUUGACACGACCCACGAAUGGGAGCACUGAGGACAUUGAUCAGCACAAAAAACUUGACAGUGACUCUGGGGUGGGCAGUGACAAUGGAGACAAACGCCUUUCUGCUACAGAGCCAUCAGAUGAAGACAGCCUCAGCUUGAAUGUGCCCAUGACCAACAUCACAGAGGAGGAGGGCUUGAGCAAAGACGACUCCAGCGAACACAUCAGCGCUCUGACAGGAGACAGAAGUUCAUCGGAAUCUCUCAAGGAGCAUCUAAGUUAUCGAGACUCUACCCUCAGCUCACCGUUCGUCAACUAUAUCAAAGCUCGAGGUGUGGAUUUCGAUGAGCCCCUCAGGAUAGAGGAAGACAACAACUGGACUUCAGAACAAACGUCAAAGGUUAACAUGAUCAAUCAGUUAAAGGAAGCCGUGGAGAUGCUACAGGAUCCUAACAGGGUUAACAUGAACUCAACUGAUCUCUCUGGUAUUAAGCUCUAUCCUGUGGAAAUGGCUACAGUAGAUGAGUCGCUCAAUGGCCAAGAGAGUGACGAGGGUCAAGCGACACCUAAGGCGGCUCCUGGAGAAUGCUGGGAGUUCCAGAGGAAGAGACAGUACAUUCUAGAACGGGCCCGGCUCGAGGCCCAGCUCGCAUGUCAACAGUAUGCCCUGCACAUGGCACAACAGGGUGACGUGAUUGGCCAGGAAGGAUCAGGUGAUAGUUGUGAGAACCAAGUUACCAAGAGUGAAGACAAAAACCCAGUUUCCAGCCCCACACUGAGCUCCCCUCCUUUUGGUCUGAAGCCCAGAUCAGCUUCACCCUCUGUGCCGUGCUCGACUCCGCCCUGUCCCCUCCCCCUUACACAGGCCUCGCCCACUGGUAGAGACACGCCCCCUAGCCCAGCUGAAGGAGACAUGCCAAGCAGUGUGUAUUUCAGGACGCACAAGACUCUGGAAUCAGUGGAUCCUCAGUUCACCAUGAGGAGGAAGAUGGAGCAGCUCAGAGAGGAGCUGGAGCUCAUAGAGCAACUACGAGAGAGUAUUGAGAGCAGACUGAAAGUAGUUCUUCCUGAAGAUCUGGGCUCUUCUCUCAUGGAUGGGGUCGUGCUUUGUCACCUAGUCAAUCACAUUCGGCCGCGUUCAGUAGCCAGUAUCCAUGUCCCAUCCCCUGCAGUGCCCAAGCUUAGCAUGGCUAAAUGUCGCAGAAAUGUGGAAAGCUUUUUGGACGCCUGCAGGAAAAUGGGAGUCCCUGAGUCCUCUCUCUGUACGGCUUAUGACGUUCUGCAGUUUAAACUGCGUCCGCUCUGGGCCGUGGUCGCAGCCUUGCUCAUGGUGGAGAGCACAGGAACAAGGCAGAAGGAAGGAAAGGUGGAGAGUGGCAGGGAGAAAGAGACAGAGGUCAAGAAGCUUAUCCCCGAGUCCACUCAGACCCCGCCCCCUUCCUGGCAAAUAUGGGAUCUGAUUGGCUCAAGUCUGCUUCACGUUUUCUGUCUGGUGAUGCUGUUUGUGGCCUACAGCUGGAGUGAAUUUAAAUAACAUACAUGACCUAAAAACACACAAGUAACACAUUAUAUCAUUUACUGGUCCUUGAAAGCACUUUGAACAGUUGGCUUCACUUAAAGGAAUAGUUCACCCAAAAAUGGAAAUUCUGUUUUUUUUUUUUUUUUGGGAUGGAUAGUUUCAUAUGUUUGACCAACCCUUACAUCUUGACUUGGCUGUGAUGGAAACCAUACUUAACUGAGGAGCCCCAACACAUGACAUUCAAGAUAAAAAAAAAAAAAUUGUGCACACAAUUUACUCAUUCGUUCCCUCUAUGUCCUAAAACGUGUGCACGAUUUACUCAUUCGUUCCCUCUAUGUCCUAAAACGUGUGCACGAUUUACUCAUUCGUUCCCUCGAUGUCCUAAAACGUGCGCACAAAUUACUCAUUCGUUCCCUCUAUGUCCUAAUACAUGCGCACGAUUUACUCAUUCGUUCCCUCGAUGUCCUAAAACGUGAGCACGAAUUACUCAUUCGUUCCCUCUAUGUCCUAAAACAUGCGCACGAUUUACUCAUUUGUUCCCUCGAUGUCCUAAAACGUGAGCACGAAUUACUCAUUCGUUUCCUCGAUGUCCUAAAAUGUGCG